AUGCAGAAGCGUAUUGCCUAUGCACUUCCUCAUGAAGUCAAAGUAAUUGAGAACGAUUGGAUUACACUGAGGGAUGGAACGCGUCUUUCUUGCCGCCUGUGGCUUCCAGCAGACGGUGCAGCACGACCCUCCAUAUUGGAGUACAUUCCGUACCGUAAGCGUGACGGCACACGGACUCGUGAUGAACCAAUGCACGGAUAUUUCGCCGGCCACGGCUAUGCUGUUGUUCGAGUAGACAUGCGUGGCAGUGGUGAGUCGGACGGUCUCAUGCACGAUGAGUAUCUUAAGCAGGAGCAGGAUGAUGCAUUGGAGGUCAUUGAUUGGAUUGCCAAGCAGCCAUGGUGCAAUGGCAGUGUUGGCAUGAUGGGGAAGUCUUGGGGAGGUUUCAAUUCGGUUCAGGUUGCGGCACUCCGGCCGCCGGCGCUGAAGGCAAUCAUAACAGUCGGAUUUACCGACAACCGUUUCACAGACGAUAUUCACUGGCAAGGCGGCUGUCUGCUUAAUGACAACUUUUGGUGGGGCUCAAUCAUGCUGGCCUACCAGUCACGUCCGGUGGAUCCCGUUAUUGUUGGGGAGCGUUGGAAAGAUAUGUGGAUUCAACGCCUUGAAAACAUGCCUAUAAAUAUUGCUGAUUGGGCCGAACACCAAAAGUACGAUGAGUACUGGAAACAUGGAUCGGUGUGCGAAAAUUAUGAUGCCAUUCAAGUCCCUGUUUUGGCGGUGGAUGGAUGGGCAGAUUCAUACACCAACUCUGUCUUCAACAUUCUGGCGAACCUUAAGGUCCCACGGAAGGGGCUCGUGGGUCCGUGGGCGCACAUCUACCCCCAGGAUGGCACCCCCACGCCGGCCAUUGGCUUCCUUCAGGAGGCCAUCAGGUGGUGGGACCACUGGCUGAAAGGCAAGGAGAAUGGCGUGAUGGACGGUCCGAUGAUUCAGGCAUGGAUGGAGCACCACAUGGCACCUGAUGUUCAUUGCCCUGUCAGUACGGGGCACUGGGUUGGGGUGGAGGCGUGGCCCGCCAAAGAUGUCAGUAAAGAGACAAUGUGGCUCGAGUACAGUCGAAUUGUGAAAUCCGAGGCCGCAGUGCGACAGAAGUCUGAACUUGUUCAGCUCAAGACGCCGCUAAAUCACGGUCUGCUGGCUGGCGAGUGGAUGGGCGCAGGGGUUUCUGGCGAAAGCCCUGCUGACCAGCGCAUCGAUGACGGUAUGGCGAUGAUAUUCAACGGGCCCGUGUUGCAGAAUGCAGUGGAAAUUUUGGGCCGUCCCACCUUCGAGGUUGAGCUUACGUGUGACAAACCCAAGUCCAUGCUAUUUGCACAGCUCAGUGACGUCUCCCCUGAUGGGGCCAUCAAGCGUGUAUCAUUUGGCGUGAAGAACCUAACGCACGCCGCGAGUGAUCAAAAAAUUGAGUACCUUCAGGAAGGGAAAAAAGUUCGUGUCAAGGUGCUGCUGAAUUACUGCGGCCACCGUUUCCCUAAAGGCCACCGCAUGCGCCUUGCUCUGGCAAACAGCUUCUGGCCAAUGUUCUGGGUCUCGCCUGAGGUCAACACCCUGUCGCUGGACUUGAGCACGUCGGAGCUGGUGUUGCCUGUGUACAAUGGCCCGGCCAUUGACGGCCCGAACCCGCAGCCCGAAACGGCUCCCCCCACACCACUCACGCUCCUCCGCCCGGGUUUCGUGGAUCGCUCCGUCACGUACGACAUCACUAAGGAUGAGUGGACGUGCAUCACCGAUGGCGUAGGUGGCGUGUUUGGCGAGGGUGUCUACCGCUUUGACGAAAUCGAUACCACGGUGGAGCAUAACCUGAGACGCGAGUUGCAUCUCUCUAACAAGGAUCCACUCUCAGCGAGGUACGCCAUCGUACAGAAGAUGAAGAUGGGGCGUCCUGGAUGGCAGGCAGACAUCGACAUCAACACCCGCCAGACCUGUGACAUGCACUACCUUCACAUAUGGGCGGAAAUUACGGCCAGGAUGAACGAUGAAGUCGUCUUUGAGAAAAACUGGUAUCGUCGUGUUUACCGAGAGAGCAUUUAA